AUGGUUAGCAUGGAGGAGAUCCGCAAGGCGCAAAGAGCCGAAGGUCCAGCGACAAUUCUGGCUAUCGGGACUGCUACACCACCUACUUGUGUGCUACAAAGCACAUAUCCGGAAUCCUAUUUUCGUGUUACAAAAAGCGAGCACAUGAAAGAACUCAAGGAAAAAUUUAGACGCAUGUGUGAUAAAUCCACGAUCAAAACACGAUACAUGCGCUUAACAGAGGAGAUUUUGAAAGACAAACCAAACCUUUGUGCCCACAUGGCACCAUCUUUAGACGAAAGACAAGAUAUUGCAAUAGUGGAAGUUCCAAAGCUAGGUGCAGAAGCUGCAACCCAUGCAAUCAACGAAUGGGGCCAACCCAAGUCAAAGAUCACCCACCUCGUGGUUUCCUCUAUAAACGGUGUUGACAUGCCAGGAGCUGAUUACCAGAUCACAAAGCUUCUUGGCCUAAGUCCUUCGGUUAAACGUGUGAUGAUGUACCUACAAGAAGCUGGUGGCACCGCCCUUCGUUUGGCUAAGGACUUGGCUGAGAACAACAAGGGAGCCCGUGUAUUGGUUGUUUGCUCGGAGAUUGCUACAGGAACUUUCCGUGGGCCCGGUGAGACCCAUCCUGAUAGCCUUAUAGCCCAGGCUUUGUUUGGUGAUGGGGCAGCUGCUGUUAUCGUAGGCUCUGACCCAUUAUUCGACGUUGAAAAGCCACUUUUUGAAAUCAUUUCUGCUUCCCAAACUAUUCUUCCAAAUAGCGAGGGUGCAAUUGAAGCGCAUCUCCGCGAGGCCGGGCUUAUAGUUCAUCUCCGCAAAGACGUUCCUGGGCUUAUAGCGAAACACAUUGAGGAGAGCUUGGUUGAGGCCUUUAAACCCUUGGGCAUCAUUGAUUGGAAUUCACUUUUCUGGAUCGCACAUCCAGGUGGUCCUGCGUUCUUGGAUCAAAUUGAUGAAAAAGUAAGCCUUACCCCCGAUAAACUCCUGGCCACACGACAUGUGCUCAGUAAAUAUGGAAACUUGUCAAGUGCUUGUGUCCUGUUUAUUCUAAACGAAAUGCGACACACUUCGGCUAAUAUUACAGCUGGAGAUGAUUUGGAGUGGGGUGUUUUGUUUGGGUUCGGACCAGGACUCACCAUUGAUACUGUUGUCCUGCAUAAUGUGUCCAAUUAA